GCAAUAUUCAACGUUCCGCAAGGUGGGGCAUCUGUCAGUCUUGCGUCACUCAAGAUGGCGGACACUCUGGACCUUUUCGUCAGCGUGGGUCUGAGCGAACAGAAGGCGAAAGAGACUAUAAAAAAUGAAGUCCUGACCGGCGAGCUGAAGAAUAUCAUCAAUGAGGCCAGGAAGCACUGCAGUACCAUUGACAAGAGCAUGGGGGUGCUCCUGUAUGGUAUGGCCACCAGGCUCAAAAGCAAGGGUCGUGCCAACUUCUUGACAGAGUACAUUGCAACCAAGAAGAUCACCACAGAGCUCCAGCUACAGUCUGCCUUAGACUUUGUGAAGUCCCACCCAGUGGACCCUGUGGAUGCAGCAGCGUUUGAGGAGGCCUGUGGAGUAGGAGUGGUGGUCACUCCGGAGCAGAUCGAGGAUGCUGUAGAAGAGGUGAUCAACCAGUACAAGCAGGACCUUCUGCAGAAGAGAUAUCAUUUUAACAUUGGCAUGCUUAUGGGCAAGGCACGCGGCAAGCUGAAGUGGGCUGAUGGGAAGGCUAUCAAGAACGAGAUAGACAUGCAGAUUUUAGACCUGCUUGGACCAAAGACUGAUGCAGACAAGGAGAAACCAGUAAAAGCCAAGGGUGCUAAGUCAGGCAAGGAUAAUGUCCCAAAGAAGCUAGCAAACAUGGUGAAUGCUGUUGCAGAUGAAGGGGCUGGUGCUAGCAUGAAUGGUGAAGAGACAAGGUCGCUGAUGGAACAGCUGAGAGGUCAUGCUGUCAACUUCCAUAAAGUUGGUGAGAACUUCAAAACAGAGGGCUAUGUGGUCACUCCCAUGACCAUGAAACUCCUGAAGGAGCAUGUCCAGGCAGUGGGUGGAAAGGUGUGGACCAGGUUUCCCCCCGAGCCCAACGGCAUCCUGCACAUCGGGCAUGCCAAGGCCAUCAACUUCAACUUCGGCUAUGCACGGGCUAAUGGAGGUGUGUGUUAUCUGAGGUACGAUGACACCAACCCAGAGAAGGAGGAGGAGAAAUAUUUCACUGGUAUCCGGGAGAUGGUGGAGUGGCUGGGUUACAAGCCAUGGAAGAUCACCCACUCCUCCGACUACUUCCAUGAGCUGCAUGCCAUGGGUGUGGAGCUCAUCAAGAGAGAUCAUGCGUACGUGUGUCACCAGAAGCUGGAGGAGAUCCGAGGCCACAACCCGCCCCCCUCCCCCUGGAGAAACAGGCCCAUCCAGGAGUCUCUCAGGCUGUUUGAGGACAUGAGGAAAGGGAAGAUAGCGGAGGGGGAGGCAACUGUGAGGAUGAAGCACAUCAUGGAGGAUGGGAAGGUGGACCCCGUGGCCUUCAGGAUCAAGUUCACGCCUCACCACAGGACAGGAGACGAGUGGUGUAUCUAUCCCACCUAUGACUUCACCCACUGUCUGUGUGACUCACUGGAGAACAUCACUCACUCACUGUGUACCAAGGAGUUUCAGGCAAGGCGCUCCUCCUACUACUGGCUGUGCAAUGCCCUGGAUGUGUACUGUCCUGUACAGUGGGAGUAUGGACGGCUCAACCUGUACUACACUGUGGUCUCCAAGAGGAAGAUUGUGAAGCUCAUCACGGAAGGAAUUGUUAGGGAUUGGGACGACCCUCGCCUGUUCACCCUGACAGCCCUCAGGAGGAGGGGCUUCCCACCUGAGGCCAUCAACAACUUCUGUGCCAAGGUUGGAGUGACCAUGGCCCAGGUCAUCAUAGACCCCAACAUGCUGGAGUCAUGUGUACGAGAUGAGCUCAAUGUCACAGCGCCUAGGACUAUGGCAGUGUUGGAACCACUCAAAAUCACCAUCACAAACUUCCCAUCAGAAAAGGCCAUAGACAUUGAUGUCCCAGACUUCCCAGCAGAGCCCAGUAAAGGGUCACAUAAGGUCAAGUUUGCCAAGACGAUCUACAUUGAGAAGACUGAUUUCAAAGAGAACAUGGAGAAGGGAUACCGUCGGCUUACCCCAGACCAACCUGUAGGACUGAGGCAUGCUGGGUACGUCAUCACGCUGGAGUCUAUGGUAAAGGACAAGAAAGGUGAAAUAACUGAGCUGAAGGUGAAAUGCCAGCAGGCAGACAUGGCUGAGAAACCAAAGGCCUUCAUCCACUGGGUGUCUGAACCAGUCUCAUGUGAGAUACGUCUGUAUGAGAGGCUAUUCAAACACAAGCACCCAGAAGAUCCUGAGGAGGUUCCAGGAGGGUUCCUGACAGACUGUAACAAGGACUCCCUGACUGUGAUUCCUGCUGCCUUGCUGGACGCCUCAGUGAAGGGUGCCCAGGUGUACGACAAGUUCCAGUUUGAAAGGAUCGGCUACUUCUCUAUCGAUCCUGACUCAAAGCCAGACAAGCUGGUGUUCAACAGGACUGUCAACCUCAAGGAGGAUGCUGGGAAAAAUGUCUGACCCCUGCUAAGAGAUGCGGAAAAUGUCAAACACGGUGGUGGAUUCUGGAAAGACUUAUAAAAGGAUGUUAUCAGAUGAUUGGCUUAAAACAGUUUUAGGAAGAGUUUUGCUGAAAAUCUGCUGAGAUCAUUAUUUUUAGCAACAGGAUUGGCGCAUUUGCCACAUGUACAGGUGUAUCAAAAAUACUACUGUAACUGGUGUCAUAAAUGUCAAGCGGUUCUUCAAGUUAACUGAAAGAUAAGAAUGGAACACAGCACAAUGCUGCCUCUUAUGUUUGCUAAAACUUCAGGAAAUUUUGUAUGCUAUUGGAACCAACUUCAGGAAGAUGACUGUUUUACAAGGAGAUAACUAUUUUCAUAAAUGUAUGAAAUGACUACUCAUAGCGUAGGAUUCUUACAUUACCAGCAGGUCUCUUUGCUUAUUGCCUACAGAAAUUUUCAUCAGUCAAUAGUGUAACGUAUAGAUUAUCAUCCAAAACAUGGACAAAAUCUAACGUUACAUCUUUUAAAUUGCACAUUGUUCAACAUCUAUGUCUUACAGUAUAAAAGCUGUGUAGUGAAAUACCUGUCACAGUUCACAUAAUAUGUAUACAGGCUUUUCAUUUGGCGUCAUCUGCGCCAUGUUGGAUUACAGCGUAUGUCUGUUAUCCACGUGAAGAUGCUACUGCUUUAUUCAAAGACCUGCCAACAUGGUCGUCGGUGGAUAGAUUAUAAUAAGUGGGACGUCAAUGAAAAGCCUGUAUUGAUAUGCUUAUAGUCUGAUAAUUUUGACCUAUUUGACCAAAUUUCAGCCAACUAGGUAGCAGCAGACAAUAGAUGUUUAUAUACACAAUUUACUUACUGUUGUACCACUGCUUUGAAAUGAGAAUUAUCCCACUUAUCUAAUUUGGUAUAUUCUCUGUAUUACGAUUCACACAUAUUAAAUCAUCCUAGACUAC